GACAGUUAUUUUGACUAUUUCAUUAGGGAUAUAGCAAGUUGAGGUAGGCAACACAUGAAAAUUUCUGGUUUUGAUCGUAUCUUAUGAUUGAUCUUUUUUUUUUCUUUAAGAGGAUAUGAGUUGGAUCAUGAUUUUAAACUAUAAUUAUCAUACUUUUCCAGAGUAGAUAUUUGCAUCGAGUAUGAUGUGCUGUUGAAUCAUUUAGCUCUCGUAUAUAAAUUGUGAUGGAUAAUAAUGACUGAUGCCAUUAUAAUGUAUACUUUUUAGUUUCUCCUAAAAAUUUCUUCAUUAAGCCUCUUAUUGUUCUUGUAAUUGAGUACAACAUGAAGAUUCAAGAGCAACAUCAAGGUUAUAUAUCUAAGUUCACAUUUAGCGUGUAUAAUUAGAUUAAUAGGACAGAACUUGCAGAUAACCACGGGGUAAACUGAGAACACUAUUACAAGCAUACCGAUAUCCAACUUAACUGGAACCUUCGGUGUUACAUGGUGUCCAAAUCAGGAAGGAUAUCCAAUACAUUUGAUCUGCAAACUCUAGUUGUUAUUUAUGUUAGAGAUUUAUUGUGUGCUAGGUCUAGAUUAUGGUCGUAAAACUGUAGUUAAACCUUGUGUUUGUCAUUGGAGAAUGGGCCUCAUGCUACUUGCAUGAUUGUCAUAGAAGAAGAAACAGGUAUUUCUGUUUCUAUUGAAAUGCAUUCCUCAACAUCUAGAACCUAUACAUUAAAACAUUGAGUUGUUCAUGAAUUGUUUGAUCACUUGGGAGGUUCAUGUCAUGAAGAUCAGUUCUGAAGAUCAAUUCUAUAAUGCUGAAACGAGGUGGUUCUAAUGUUCGAUCAAGAAAAAACUUAACUAGGUAUGUUUUCUAUUCUGUUGAAGUUGAGUUCCCAUUAUUAAGUUAGCGUAUGUUCAGGUUGCAUUUAUGUUCCUCAGUAUGAACUCCAUUAUGAUAAUUUUGGUGUGCUAUCUCUACAAUCUACACAUUGCUAAUUUCCUGAAUCCUUUUCAUGUACUCUUUCCAUUGACUACAUUUUCAUUAGAGUGGUGGCUGUAAACAGAAGGUUUUGACACAAUGUACCAUAAACAUGUCAUGUUAUUACCAUAUACUACUACUCUAGGUAUGGAGGCAAUUGUUGAGGAUACAAAUCUUGCAACUCCUAGUUCUGGAUCAUAUAUUUUGUCAUCCGAAUUGAAUGCUACCCAACAACCUCUUCUUAUAGCAAAAAAAUUCGCAGCCUUAAAAUCCACUGAUGAUGGACUUCAAGUCUCAUUAUCGGAUGGUGAUUUGCAAGCUUUUCCAGAUAAUCAACGAGAAGUGGAGAUGGCAAUGCAUUAUGGCCUUGAAUCACUUGAUGAAUUUUCUUUUCAGCACAAUAGCACCACUGGUAAGUAGAGAUGCAAUUGAUAGUUUUUCAACAUAUUCAAUGUUUAUGAGAAUUAGAUAUAAAUCCAACCCAUGCAUGUUGGAUAAUUUCAUAUUUUUUCUUGGACAUAGUCCUAUUUUCCAUACAAUUGUAGUCUCUUUUUUACCAACAUGUUCUAUUAUUUUCUCUUUUGUCUUUUAACGAAUGCUUCGCGAUGAAUUUUUAUGAACUUAUUUUUCUUUCUAGAUGUCAGACAAGUAGGCAAGUUCCAACCUAGAAACAAGUCACAACCAAAAAAGGGAGCUGCUAAAUCUGUUUCUUUUAUGCUUCCUGAUGCUUCCGUUACUGGUCCUCCUCCCAUGGGAUCCUUUUCUGAGAUAACGAACCCUUCUUCUGUACAAGCGAAGAUCGAUAUACAUGUGGACAAUCCUUUGCAUUCAUCAAUCAUAACCUUUGCAUUCUGGUCCAUAUUGAAUUUUCUCUUUUUUUCUCUACAUUUCUGUUGAAUCAGAGAGUUCAAUCUGCUGGUUAAUUUCAUCUGAUGCCCAGACUUUGAUUAGGAGACAUCACAAGCACUGGUUCUGCUGUUUGUAAUAGUGCCAUUGACACUGUCUCUUUUGAUAAGGAUCCUUCAACUGCAAAGACAGGACUUCUUAGAGGACCAUGCUUCUGUUAAAUCAGUGGACACUGAUAUUGACUCAUUUGUUCCCUGAUGACUUGGCCUUAAUGCAAACAGAUUUUACUGAGACUUCUAACCUUAAGUUGUUGCCAGUGACAUUUAAACUUACUGACCAAGUAAUUAAUAGAGAAGAAAUUGGACUUCCAAAGGGUUUGGAGGAUAUUCAUACCGAGUCCCAAUCCCAAAAUGUUCAAAAACUUAAGCAGCAGAUCGAUGAAGGAAGGCCUACUUCAGAAAAUGAUAAAGAUGAUGAUGCUCAUAAACCAUGUAGGGAACUGAGAAAGAGGAUAGCCAAGUGCGGUACUGACCAAAUUGAAGUUGGAAGGAAUGAUGAACGUGGUAUUGACAACUUUAAUGUCUCUCAGAUGGAUGGCAACCGAAGUGAUGAAGAUAUGCCUAAGCCAAAGAGGACCAAGAGAAAGUCAAAGAGGCAGACAAAUGACAUUGAAAAACCCACUCGGAAGCAUAAGAAAGCCUUUGUAAAACCUGAUUCUGUUGUAGAGAAUUCACCUAAAAAGAAGUUUCCUCAUGCCACAAGGCGAAGGAGAAGGCAAGUGAACAAAGUUUUACUGCAAUCACCUGAAGAUGAGAUUGACCUAAGACAGAUUAGCAUAAGAGACCUAAUAAUGCUUGCAGAGGCUAAGGAGCGGAUAGCAAGAAAAGAAACGGCGGCAAUGAGUAAAUUAUUCUCUGGUCAGAGAUGGAAUGGUCAAAACCAAAAUGGCAGGAUGUGCCUCCAAACCAUUGCUUCAGCUAUGCAGGUGUAUCACUGAUGGAAAACUGGUUCUUUGCUGGAGGUGGUAAUAAUAAGAUUGAUAUGUGUGAAGCAUUUGUUUCAUUAGUUAUAUCUUCUAUUUUCCUUUGGCUUUUAUUAAAUGAACAAUAAUAAAAGCAUUGUUCUUACUUAGUUGAACUAUAUUUAUGGAUUAGUCACUUGCCCGAUGGCAUUUCUAGCAUCUA